UUACAAGCGAUCGCGCCCGGCUGCGGCCGGAGUCGCUCGGCGCCUCGUCUCCGCCGUCUGCUCCUCCUGCACCUGCUUCUUCCACCACCUCCUCCACCACCUCCUCCUCCUCUUUCUCCUCCUUCUAGUGUUACCGCGACCGCGGUGGCGGCGUCUGAGCCACAACUUUCCCAGAAAGUUCAGAAACUAGACUGUGGGGUGACCGAGUGGCGCGCGGCAGAUACCUCGAGGACCCGGGAGCUCCGAGGGUGCGCGGCCACCCGGGCUCCGCGGACGUCUCUAGCUGCCACGUCCGCCGCCGCAGCUGCAGCUGGGUGCCAGGCUGUGGGCAGAUCCCGGCGGCGGCGGCGUCGGGGGCCCCCUCUUGCCGCCUGCACCUUCGCCUGGGUCCCCAGAGCAGUCACCGCUCUCCCACGUGCGAGGUCGUUCUCGGAGCACACGCUCGGUGUUGCCUAAAUUUUUUUUUCUGGCUUCCCCCCCUUCCCCCGGCCUUUCUUCCUCCCUACCCCUACUUUUUUUUUUUCCUAUAAGGAAACAAAAAGAAAAAGGAAAAGAGAAAAGUUGUGUCGAAAGUGCCCACCGAUUGCCACCUCCCGAUAAUCCCUCCUAGUCUCCCCGCCCCACUUUAUUUGUGGUUUUGUAUUUUUUUUUAAACUCGGCGACAACCUUGCUGAGUGUUUUGUUUUGUUUUACGAUCGGUAGCUUCCUUUGCUUGGGCUGGCUGCUGAGCGGCGGAGUGGCGUGGACCUCAUGUAGAAAUGACAACAAUGGAAGGGGCCAGCGGGUCGAGUUUUGGAAUAGACACGAUUUUGUCCAGUGCCAGUUCGGGCAGCCCCGGCAUGAUGAAUGGAGAUUUCCGCCCGCUCGGCGAGCCCAGGACCGCGGAUUUUAGGAGUCAGGCCACUCCGUCGCCCUGUUCGGAGAUUGAUACCGUAGGAACGGCGCCUUCUUCUCCCAUCUCGGUCACCAUGGAGCCCCCGGAACCACCUCUGGUCGCAGAUGGGCCCCAGCAUCACCAUCACCUCCACCACGGCCCGCAGCCACCGCCGUGCGCCGCGGCCCCCACGCAAAGUUUGCAGCCUUCGCCCCAACAGCAACCACCGCCGUCGGCGCCCCAGCCUCCUCCGGCGGCCCAGCAGCUCGGCUCGGCCGCGUCGGCCCCCAGGACUUCCACCUCUUCUUUUUUAAUCAAGGACAUCUUGGGUGACUGCAAACCUCUGGCGGCGUGUGCACCCUACAGCACCAGCGUCUCCUCUCCCCACCCUACCCCGAAGCAAGAGAGCAACGCAGCUCAUGAGAGCUUCAGGCCCAAGCUCGAGCAAGAGGAAGGCAAAACCAAACUCGACAAGCGGGAAGAUGCCCAGGGCGACAUCAAAUGCCACGGAACAAAGGAAGAAGGCGACCGGGAGAUUACGAGUAGCCGAGAGAGUCCCCCAGUGAGGGCCAAAAAGCCUCGAAAAGCCCGUACGGCUUUCUCUGACCAUCAACUUAAUCAGCUGGAAAGGAGCUUUGAGCGGCAGAAGUACCUGAGUGUGCAAGACCGCAUGGACCUGGCGGCAGCCCUCAACCUCACUGACACCCAGGUCAAGACCUGGUAUCAAAAUCGCAGGACCAAGUGGAAGCGGCAGACGGCGGUGGGCCUGGAGCUGCUGGCCGAGGCUGGGAACUACUCGGCCCUGCAGAGGAUGUUUCCGUCGCCGUAUUUCUACCACCCGAGCCUGCUGGGCAGCAUGGACAGCACCACGGCGGCGGCCGCGGCCGCGGCCAUGUACAGCAGCAUGUACCGGACUCCCCCCGCGCCCCAUCCCCAGCUGCAGCGGCCCCUGGUGCCCCGAGUGCUCAUCCACGGCCUGGGCCCCGGGGGACAGCCGGCCCUGAAUCCCUUGUCCAAUCCCAUCCCGGGCACCCCGCACCCCCGGUGAGGAACGAGCAGCCCAACGUCGCCCCUUCCCCGCCCCGCUGCCCCCGGCCCGGCCUCGGACAGCCGCCAGCCCCUCCUGUCCCGCAGCGGGGCCGUCGAAGCACCGACGAGGGAGGCAGAGAAAUGCAAGAGGAAGACGCCCACCCCCAGGCGGUGGCCCCCCCUAAAGGAACCCGCCUUCUGUUCGCCCACUCCCCAACCCCUCAGAGACAGGACUGCAAAGCCUCCCCCCCACCCCCAACUGCAGCGUGACUGGCGAGAACGCUGACCCCACACAAAGUGCGACCAGUAAGUGAACACACCCACACAAACAGAACCUCAAGUUCUUUUACGCUGUGACUUAAAGGACACGCAGAAAGGGGGCGGAGGGAGGGGCAGGAGGGAAGGAAGAAGGAGCUGAGAGGACAGCGCCCCGCGGAGAGAAGGGUCUGGGGACCCACAGCCUCUAUUUUGGAGGCGCAGGGCGUGACUGUGGACAUUGUCUCCCCCAGAGAAAAGAGGAGGGUAACUGAGAACUUUGCACUGAUUUCUUAUGACCUUUUUUUUUCUUUUGGAAAAGUGGCAUGCUCCAUAAUAUGAAAAAAAAUGUACAUUUGAAAGACAGAAUGAUAAGUGAUAUAUCAUAUUUAUUAUAUGUUGUCCAAAAAAAAAAAGAGUCACUUAUAUACGUUAGUAAAACAUGAUUUUUCUUUCCAUGUCCUUUUCGAUUCAGUCAAAUAAAUGCUUAGACAAAAAUAUAGAUUUUUUUGUGAUUGAAAAUUACAAAAAUAAAGUUUAUCUUUUUUU